AUGCCCGACACUCCCCAAGUUGCCGCCCCUAACCGGCCAGUAUAUGAUAGAGCAAAAGAAGUGAAGGAGUUCGACGAAACAAAAGCUGGAGUUAAAGGACUCUUGGAUUCUGGUGUAGUCAAGAUCCCCAGAAUGUUCAUCCAUCCACCGCAAAACCUUGAAAAGGCAUCACCAGACACGAGCGGCAUUCACCUCCAAGUUCCUCUGAUAGAUCUCAAAGACUUAGAAAGUGGCCGAAGGAUGGAGAUUGUCAAGGAUAUUUGUAAAGCAGCAGAAACAUGGGGCUUCUUUCAAAUGGUCAAUCAUGGAAUCCCACUUAGUGUCAUGAAAGACUUGAUAGAAGGUGUGCGCCGAUUCCAUGAGCAACCUAAUGAGCUGAAGAUGAAGUGGUACUCGCGUGACUCUAGGCAAAGAGUAAGGUAUUACUGCAACGGUGAUCUUCACAUAUCAAAAGCUGCAAAUUGGAGGGACUCUAUUGUUUGUCAUUUCCACGACUCUGUGCUGGAAUCUGAUGCAUUACCUCUGGUUUGCAGAAAAUCAAUAGGUGAUUACAUGGAACACAUGGUUGGAUUGAAGGAGACACUGUGUAUGUUACUAUCACAGGCACUAGGACUUAGCAGUGAUUUCCUUACAAGCAUUGAUUGCAUGAAAACUGCUGCGUUAGUGUGCCACUAUUACCCCUUCUGCCCUGAGCCAGACUUGACUAUAGGUACCACCAAGCAUUCAGACCCAUCCUACCUAACUAUACUCCUGCAAGACAACAUUGGUGGCCUCCAAGUACUCCAUCAAAAUACUUGGGUUGAGGUGGUCCCUAUUGAAGGAGCCCUAAUAGCAAACAUCGGAGAUCUUAUGCAGCUAAUCACCAACGACAAGUUCAAAAGUGUGGAGCACAGAGUACUGGCAGGACAAGUCGGCCCACGGAUAUCAUCAGCGUGUUUCUUUUAUCCAAGUACUGCCAACAAAUUCAAACCAUGCGGGCCAAUAAAGGAGUUCAUUUCCGACAACAAUCCACCUCUAUACAGGGAAACUAGUCAUGGAGAAUAUCACACUUACUACAGUUCCAAAGGACAAGAUGGUACUUCAGCUCUCCCUCACUUUAGGUUACAAUGAGACCAUGUUACUAAUAGAUAUAUCCGACAUUACAACAGCUUCUCAGUUUGCUCUUAGAAAUACUAUAGAACCGUAUCAGCAUGUAAUAUGGCAAAUAAAUUCAUGACUACCCCCUUCAGUACUAGUCAAUCUUCAAAA